AUGGCGUCGUAUCCAUCAGCAGGCCGGCCGGCGCAAUCAUUACCGCAAGCGGGAGCCGCCAAACCGCCUGUUAAGCAAGAACCAGGCGGCGCAGCAGCAGGCGGAGCGGCGGGAGCCGCAGGCCCCGCGGGGGGAGCUGGCGGAAGCGGAAGCGCUUCCGCCUCCGCGAAGAAGGCGGUUCCGCCAGCCUCGUGCAGCGGGUGCGGGACGGCGGGGGGGGACCUUUCACAGAGCGAGUGCGGACACAUGUCGCUUUGUAACGCGUGCGGACGAAGCAUGGCUGAGAAGCAAGCCACGUGUCAGCAGUGCGGCGCGGUGGUGGAUAAGCUAGUUAAAGAGUUCCUAGUCCGCGUUAAGCCGGUCAGCCGGGACUAUUUUAUCGGAAAAUUUCCGCAGGGGCUGCCCGGGCUGAAAAAAGGAGACGAGAGGGGGUGGACGAUGAAACGAGAAGGGGUACCUACUGGGAAAGUGCUAUCCGAGGCUGCGCGGGCCAAGGCGCGCACGCGACCACUGCUACUAGAGGACGACACAGGCCAGGCGUCGUAUGUGGGGCACAUGGAGGGUGGGUGGCAGCAUUCGGCGUAUUAUCUGCUGGUCAUGCACGGCAAGGAGUUUGUCGCCAUUCCCGCUAGCCAGUGGUAUGCCUUUGGAAUGCAAGCCCAGUACAAGACGCUAACCCUAGAAAAAGUAGAGCUGUGCAUGCAGUUUCAAACUCUCCAUUUCCACACCAUCCCCAUUCUUCCUCCUCCCAGGUAUGCCUUUGGAAAGCAAGCCCAGUACAAGACGCUAACCCUAGAAGAAGCAGAGCUGUGCAUGCAGUCGAAACGGCGCAAGGCCGACGGGUUUCGAAAGUGGCUCACCAAGGAAGAGUCCGAGAAGCUUCUUGCGGGAGGAGGGAAGGAAGGCGGGGGUGGGGGGAGGGGAGGAGGGAGGAAGAAGGGAGGGCUGGAUGAUGGGCUAGGGUCGGAUGAUGAAGGGAUGGGGGGGGAUAUGGAGGACGGGGAGGGGAGGAAGAGAGGGCAGGGGAAGAAGGGCGGGGAUGAGGAUGAUGAUGAAGUGCCCAAGGAAGAGUUUGAAUUGGAGAUGGACGGCGAUAAAGGCGAGGACUGGGAGCACGACGAGCUCUUCUCAGAUGAUGACGAGGCGACGGCGAUGCAGCCAGAGGAUAAGGAGGACGAGAAGGAGCAGGAGAGGAGCCCGGUUAAAGAGGAGGAGGUGGAGGAAGAGGAGGAGGAGGAGGGCGAGGGGCAGGAGGAAGGGGAGGGGAUAUCACUGAGCCAUUCAGGCAAGGCGCUAAAGAAGCUGCUGCAUAAGGCUGGGGUGGAAGGGGAGGAGGGGGUGGGAGCGAGGGGAAUCGGGGGAGCAGGAGAGGAGGAGGAUGGGGAAGACGACGAAGAGGAUUUAGAUAUCGCCUUCUCGCCUAUUUUCCAGAAGGGGAAGGGGGCUGGAGCAGCGGCGGGCGGGCAGGGGGCGGGAGGCGGGAAGGGGGAGGGGGGGGCAGCAGCCGCGUCUGUUGCUGCUGGUGCUGCUGCUGCGCUCAGUGCUGCUGCUGCAGCAGCGGCGGCGGCAGCAGGCAGGGGGCUGAAGCGAAAGGACCUGGAGAAGGGUGCGACCGGGGGAGGUGCAUCUGGAGCAGGGGCAGCAGGGGCAAAGAAUUGGAAGGUGGAACCAGGGAAACGGACACCCCCGUUGCCUGCGAAGCGGGAACCAGGGGCGGGUGGAGCGGCAGCAGGCAGGCCAGGGGGAGGUGCAUCUGGGGGAGGUGCAUCUGGGGCAGCGGCAGGGCCGAAACCGACAGCAGUGACAGAGGAGGCAGUGAAGGGCAUUUUGAGGCAGGCUCCUAUCAAGAGUGCAGAUCUGGUGAACCGAUUCCGAUCGUGCCUCAAGACUGCAGAGGUGAGUCGUGUGACUCAUGGAGUGCUCACAGAUGGGUUUAGAGACCAGUCAGGACUCUGA